CGCACGAUGUUGACAUUGGCAGAUGACACAGCCCGUUCUCUGAAUUGGCGUCUGGGCAUACCAGCAACACGGUGUGCACGAUGCCCAUGUUUCGAUGGUGUGACGACAAUGUCUGGGGACCGGCUCUCGCAGGAGUUCUCAGGAGCAUCGAACGAGGAGGAAAACCAGCAUCUGGCUCCGCCCCCAAAAAACGGUACGGCAGGUCUAAGCUUUACCACGACAAACCAUGGGCUCUUGAUUGGGUAGGUGGCCUUCAUAUGCCGGGUUGCGGAGCCGUUGUCUUUUUAAGCGAUGACAAUGGCCUGAGUUGGUACUGCUGCGGAGGGUUGGAGAAAUCGGAAGCGGGGAGGUUUACCUACGACGGCAGGAAGUUCAGGACCUUCUUCCUUACAUUUGUCUAUGACAGAGAGGGGAAAAACUGGGUCAAGGAAGACAAGAGGGUGUCUCUUGACCAUCGGCUCUUCGAAGGAUAUGGGGUCAAGGCUUUGUCGAUGAAAGCGUUUGACGUGCGCGGGAACGGAAUGGAGUUCCAAAUGCUGGAUCCGGAAAAGUUUCUCUCCAAAACCAAUGGCUACCGCGUGACUGGUUCCCUGCCUGUCGUCGACAGCGCUUUCAUGCUCAGCAGACCUUUGGUCCAAUUCAACAGCCCGACGGACCAACUCGCAGCUUCCGUUAUGCGAUACAGGGAAGAGUUCGCGAGGCUGUCUUCUUCCCAGCAAGUUGACCGUGUUUUCGUGCCGAUUGACGUCCCGUCUUCGUCGGCUGCGGGGCCCAAACCGCCCCAGGAUCAGCCGGCCAGAGCGGGUGGAAAGAGGAAGCAAUUGCCGACUGCCCCGUCUUUGUCGGCUGCGGUUGUCCAGGCUCUGCCCGCUCCGGUUCCGCCCUCGGACCGGCAAGGUGCCUUCGAUGACGAGGAAUGCGAGGGCCAAGAUGGGGAGGGCGGUGGUUGGGAUGGGGAGGGCGGUGGUGAGGAGAGGGAGGGCGGUGGUGAGGAGGAGGAGGGCGGUGGUGAGGCGGACGACGGUAACGAAGGAGAUGCUGAAGCCUCCCGCGGAAUGUCGCAGUCCUAUGACCAGACGAAGGAUGACGAACCUGGCUCACGGGGAAAGCAAAAGAGUGGAGAGGCGUCGACCUCUCCUGCGAGUCGAACAAAACAGGCGAGGGCCGACGCCGUCAAUGAAGCUCGCGGAGCGUUGACGGCAUCACAGGAAGCGCGGGCUCCUCAGAAAACUGGUGGGGGGGGGCGAAGUAGCAGCCGCGGGGGCGGUCUCGGCGGCGGUAGGAAAGGCUCGCAGAUGUCCAAGGCACCUAAGCUGCGGGACUCGGGGGAUAAGGGAGAGGGGGUGGGGCCUCGCAUGCCCGAAGACAUUGAAGAGCUGGUUCAGCAUGACGCGCCCGUGGACACGACACGAUGUUUCUUCCUCGAAUACGACGAACAGGGCUUCGCCAGGCAAGACGUCCAAGUUGUUGACGUCGACCUCGUUCUUGCGCCGGUUGACCCCAACGUCAUCGUCGGGGAGCAGGGAAGGCGAAUCACGCCGGACGAGUUCUUCCAAAGAGAUUCUGCAGAGUUCCACUGGUACGCUGUCUGCGGUCAGCAUACUGCCGAGGCCAUGAAACGGUUGGUUGGAAAGGACUCCCCUCCGGUCAAAGUCUACGCCCUCCGCACAUACUCUAAAGUGCGAGUCGUCUUUUUCGAUGAUGACCACACACGCGGGUACUUCAUUGUCUCCCUCUUCGACAACACACGGGAGAAUUGCGCCAUGAUGUUAUCCUUCCAGGACGCUGUGCAUGAUAUGCGGCAAUGGUGGAUCGACAACAACAGGAUCGAGGCACCCAAAGCUAAGGUCAGCAAGAAGGAUGCCGUCACCGUUGCGCAUCAGAAAACGUGGCAGAAUUUCCUGAGGGUCUGCAUGGGGAAGGCGUGCGACAAGGCGUUCGUGAAACAGGCACUCGACAACGAAUACAACAAGGAUUGGAGUAACAAACUUCGGGGGUACCUGAACCUCGCCACGUCCACCCGCACGGUUUGGCCACUUGUGGAGAAGUUCUUCUCGAUGUUCGAGGAGGUUAAGCUGCCAAUCGGCGACGGCAAGGUCCCACUUGAGAUGCCGGGGAGGAUGGAGGGGCGCCUGCCCGGCCGGUACACUGACGAGAACAAGGGACAACGGACUUUGUACCACUGCAUAUAUGCGAGAAAUGGUCCCAAAUGCUCCCCUGUGUACAGGAAGAAUUUGUGUCCUACGUACUUCAAGAACUUCGGGGACAUGCUAUGCCGCGAGAGAGAAGUUGCGCUACUCCUGCUCAUGUCGGGGAAAGUGGUGGCAACAAAAAAGAGAGUCACGCCUCCGAGGGUGAACACAGAGUGCCUCCUCGACAUUAUGCGCAAGGAGAGAUACAUGGUCYRCAUGUUCAACUACGUYGUGUUUCGCGCCGAGGGAARGGCAGRGGACGAAUGGAACGACGACUUCUUCAUGYCGUACAAGGACCUGGAAGAGAGGUAUGCUUUAAACGGGUUAUGCGUUGAUGAAUGGGAGAAGCAACGGGAGAAGCUGCAUAGCAACUUAGUGAAGACGAUCCCUCGGCGACUUGGAGGAGUGGAGGAGCCGAGGCAAGCCAAGGUGACCGAGGCCCUCAAACAUUAUCACGGUGCUCUAACUGGCGCCUUCGAGACAUUCGUUGCUCGAUGCGAGAUCUUGAGGUUUGAUCUUCACAAAGAUAAACUGACGUUUAAGGACUAUGCAGACCUCGCUAAAUCGGGUGAAGGCUUUAACCCCGUUAACUGCGAGGAAGACUCGUCGGACUCCGGCCUCGAGAUCGAAAAGGACACCAAUGCAACCGGGUGGUGUGGGAAGUUCGCUGUCAUGGAGCACAUCGUGAAGGGAUAUGGACCGGGUCAAUCAGAGGGAUGCUCGAACCUGCCACCCACGAACAGUGUGGCCUCAUGUGUGGACCGAGUUGUAUGUACGUCUAUGGAAGACGACGAAGACGAUGACCUUGAUAUUCCUGCUCAGCCAACGAAGCUGGCGCCGGGCGAUCCGAUUCCUCCCAGAUUUUGUGCGGAUCCAAACAAUGUGUAUUUCUCGGAUGACAAAUACUCCUACACUACUGAGGAUAAGUGGGCCCAUGAUAUCAUUUGGCAUGACGGCAUUUUCGAGCCAUGUAUCCAAGGCCGGGAGUGGAAACUGGCGGUGAAGUAUGUCUCGAAGGGUUGGAGACCGUAUGCCCGCAUGGGAAAGGACAGCUGGUUGAAGAGGACGGAGCAAUCAAUACUAUACUGCUGUCAGAAAGAGAAUCCCGGGGAGAGUGAAACAUCCAUCGUGGCAAAGGCGAAACAAUUGUUCAACGCCUUGGGACCCACUCGGCAGUUAGAGUACUCACACAAGUUUUACGAGCUGCAGUCGAACCCCUCGUACGACAAGAUUGACUGGAAGGUUGAGCGCGCUGCCGCGCUCGAGAGCAUGGACUUGGACUCCYGAGAAGAUGUCGCCUCUGURCCCGAGGMGACCACAGGGAACACGAUGGGUGAACAAAGGGAAGAUGGCGGGACGACGUUGGGCGUGAAGCCUCYGUUGCCAGAGGCGGGGAACACGCCCGCAGGSAAAAACMYYAUCGGAGYCAUCUCUGUCGCAACGGGAGAUACAUCACAAGGUGAAAAAGUGUCACUCGACAAGSCGGCGGAUGCGRGYGCCACAUACGRGAGUCUCCUCGCGACARGUACGGCSCUGRCAGGAACGGAGGAGAUKGUGUCAGAGUCCACUGCUAAGAUGGGCGUCACGGGGAUGUCGUUGCAUCCGCCCACAUGCACUAGCAAAGGUGACGCACACUGUACAACAACACCACAGGGAGGGGUCACAGGGGAUGACGGGAAUGGGGGAAAUGCAGGGGGGUCUCCAGGUUCUCGCAAUAUUGAGGACAUGACGAAGGAUGAUGAGGAUAGGGUAGAAGGCGGAAAGGGCGUGAGCGAUCCCACGCGUGCAAAAAAUGAGGGGUGAGACAAUGAAUGAACUUCAGGGGAAUCC